AUGUAUAAAAUAAUCUAAAAAUUAGGAGAUGGUGUUUUUGGUAGUGUUACAAAAGCCUUGGAUGAAAGAACUCAUGAAUUUGUUGCAAUCAAAUCAUAUCGAGACAACUCCAUCAAAGAUGAAUCCAAAAUUAAGGAAAUUCAAAUCCUUAAAAAACUAAAUCAUCCAAACAUCAUAAAACUCAGGGAUGUCAUCAAAUAAAACAAAACAAUCGCCAUCGUACUUGAUUUCUCAGAACGAAACCUGCUAUAAUACUAUAAAUCUGUCAAGGAAAAGAAUAGAACUCUAUGUGAAUAGCAAAUCUAAAGUAUUGUAUACUAAAUUGCUUGUGCCUUAAAUUAUUUGCAUAGUCAAGGCUAUUUACAUCGUAGAGAUUUAAAACCAGAAAAUAUUAUGAUUUAAGACAAUGGCAUAGUCAAAUUAAUAGACUUUGGAUAAGUUACAUAUCAAAAUGAGAUCCAUACUGAUUAUGUUUCCACUCGAUGGUAUCGGUCUCCAGAACAAAUCAAGUAAGAAAUAUACAAUCAAGAAGUAGAUAUUUGGGCCUUAGGUUGCAUUCUUGCAGAAUUGUAUCUCCUGAACCCCUUAAUACCUGGGACUACGGAAAUUGAUUAGCUAUAUUAGAUCUAAAAUCUCAAUCUGAACCAACACCAGAAACUGAUUCCUAUGCAACCCUUGGAUCUAAUUAAAGGUAUGCUUGAAGAGGAUCCACACUAAAGAAUAACCGCAGCAGAAAUUUUGCAAUCAAAUUGGUUAUCUUAGCCAUUCAAAUUUUUACCAAAAGAGUUGGAAUUAAAAGAUGAUACUAAAUACUUGAUAAGUCCUCAAUAAACUCCUGCAAAGGCUCUAUAAGUGUUUGGAAGACAAGAAAAUAAUCAAAAUCAUAUAACUCACCAUACCAAACCAAACUUUAACUUUUCUUAAAACCCUGUUUCUAAUAAUGUUGAUGAUGACUUAGACUGCGGGUAUGUACCUUCUUAUGUCUCCUCAUUAUAAGGUACAAGUAAAAAGAGAUAAAUAAGAUUAUAAGCUGAUGAAUAAUAAAACUCAUAGCGAUAAUUGUCAGAUCUACAAUAACAAUAUCAAAUUGCGAGCACGAAUAAUUAAUCAUAACAAAAUACUAAAAACUAUUAUUCAAAACCAUAAUUAAACUCCUAGAAAAAAUUUGGAAAUCAAGCAGAGAUUUAUUGA